AUGGUCUCAAGCGACAGCAUGCCAGCAGCGAACGGCACCACCCACGAUGAUUGGGCAAUCGACACGUCGGCGUUUGCCUUUACCCCCCGCAAGCUGCGCGUGGUCUGUAUCGGUGCAGGCUUCUCUGGGCUGACAAUGGCGUACAAGCUUAAACAUGAGCGUCCGCUCGACUAUAUAGAUUUUACCAUCUACGAGAAGAAUCCAGAAGUUGGCGGGACGUGGUAUGAGAAUGUGUACCCGGGUGUCGGAUGUGAUAUCCCGAUUCAUAGUUAUAUUUUCUACUUCAAUCCCAACCCCGACUGGUCGCAGUGCUACGCUAAGGGACCGGAGAUCCAGCAGUAUAUCAUUGAUACAACCAAGAAGUUUGGACUGGAUGAGAAAGUGCAACUUAAUACAAAAAUUAUCAGUUCAAUCUGGAAUGAAGAGCAAGGCAAAUGGCACUUGAAGGUUCAGCGGGGAGAUGAGGUAUUCGAGGAUAAGGCGGACGUCCUUCUUGAUGGAAGUGGUAUUCUCAAUAACUGGAGCUUCCCUGAUAUCAAAGGCCUCAACACCUUCCAAGGAAAGGUACUGCACACAGCGAAAUGGGACCCCGACUAUGACUGGACUGACAAGAGAAUUGCUGUGAUCGGAAACGGUUCCUCAGGUCUCCAGGUUAUCCCAGCUCUGCAACCAAAAGCCAGCAAGCUUGUUAAUUAUGUCCGGCAUCCAACAUGGGUGUCCACGAACCUGGCUGGCAAUAUCACAAAAGACCACAUGGGAACGAAUUUCCAGUAUACCAAAGAGGAGAAGAAGCUAUACCGCGAGAAUCCCGCAGAAUUCCUAGAGUACAGGAAAUAUAUCGAGCGCUCUGUCAACACCGUCUACCAGCUCAUGCUCUCCGGCUCCCCCGAGAAUAAAUUCCUGUUUGACAUUGUUAACGGCGUCAUGCGCACCCGCCUCGCCGCAAACCCGCAUCUCAUCGACAAACUCAUCCCCGGCUACGAGAUUGGCUGUCGCCGCCUCAGCCCUGGAGACGGAUACCUGGAAGCCAUGCAAGAGCCCAACGCGAGUUUCUGCUUUGAUCCGAUUACACGAGUUACAUCGCGGGGGAUUAUCACCAAAUCCAACUCUAAAUCUGAAGCCGAACCUGGAGCAGAUGCAAAAGAGGAGGAAGAGGAAUUCGACCUGAUCGUCUGCGCAACAGGAUUCAACACCUCGUUCAUCCCGCCCUGGGAGCUGAUCGGACGGGACGGGCGAAGACUCGACGAGGAGUGGAAGGAUAUCCCCCAGGCUUAUUUCUCGAUGUGUGCGGCCGGGAUCCCAAAUUAUUUUAUAUUUACGGGCCCGAAUUGUCCGAUUGGGCAUGGGUCUGUGCCUGGCAUGAUAGGCUGGUCGGGGGAUUAUAUGUUGGAUUGGGUCGAAAAGAUUGCGGUGGAUGAUAUCAAGACCAUUGUGGUGAAAGACGAUAUUGUCCGCGAUUUUAAUCGGUACGCCGUUGAGAAUCUGAAGCGCUGCGUGUGGUCCAAGGGCUGCACGGCGUGGUAUAACAAGAGCAAUGGGGACAGCAAGACCGUGACGGCAAUGUAUCCAGGGAGUGCGCUUCAUUAUAAAGAAUACAUCAAAACCAUCCGCCCUGAACACUUCGACAUCCGGUACAACACGUCCAAUCCGUUCAGGUAUCUGGGUAAUGGGGAGCUAGAGUUUGAGAGAGCAGAGGGUGGUGAUCUUGCUUAUUACUUGACUUGA